AUGGGACCUAGACUCGCAUGGGAGCGCUGUGUGAGAAAACAGUGCUUAGCUGAUAAUGUGACCUUUUGGUGGUUUCACGUGAUCAGGGUCAAAGCAGUGAGUGAGAAGGAGGUGGACUCCGGGAACGACAUCUAUGGCAAUCCCAUCAAGAGGAUUCAGUAUGAGAUCAAGCAGAUAAAGAUGUUCAAAGGACCCGAGAAGGACAUAGAGUUUAUCUACACGGCCCCCUCCUCGGCAGUGUGCGGCGUCUCGCUGGACGUCGGCGGGAAGAAGGAGUAUCUCAUUGCAGGAAAGGCCGAGGGGGAUGGCAAGAUGCACAUCACCCUGUGCGAUUUCAUCGUGCCCUGGGACACCCUGAGCACCACCCAGAAGAAGAGCCUGAACCACAGGUACCAGAUGGGCUGUGAGUGCAAGAUCACGCGCUGCCCCAUGAUCCCGUGCUACAUCUCCUCCCCGGAUGAGUGCCUCUGGAUGGACUGGGUCACAGAGAAAAGUAUCAAUGGGCACCAGGCCAAGUUCUUCGCCUGCAUCAAGAGAAGCGACGGCUCCUGCGCGUGGUACCGUGGGGCGGCGCCCCCCAAGCAGGAGUUUCUUGACAUUGAGGACCCCUAAGAGGCUGCCGGCACCCCUGUGGCCAAUUGAGAAGCCUCCAAGGGUUUAGACUGGUCCAGCUCUGACAUCCCUUCCUGGAAACAGCAUGAAUAAAACCGUCACCCAAAUGGGUCACAUCAGUGUGAUUCUGCCCCUCCCCACUGUCCUUCUGAACGUGGUUGUGGGCUGGAGGGAGGGGUGGGCCCAGAUCCCCCUGUACCACUCCCUCCACCAGCCUGGGCACUGUGUCUCAGUCUUCAGUCCUGGUGUGGGUAGGGCUGGGACACUCAGACUUCCCGCCCAGGCCUCCUUGGCACCAUCACAGGGGCCAGGCAGGCAGCAUUUAGGGAUCGCCGUGGCCUGGCUGGGGCAGAGCCUAGAAACGUGCAUUUUGCAGAAACUCUUGAGGGUCGUUGUAAGACUAUGUAGCAGGCCUACCAGGUCCUUUUCAUCCUGAGAGGGCCACGUCCCUCAUUUUCUGCAGCAGCCACCUCUCUGACCUAGGGUGGCAGUCCCUGCUCCUUGCAAGUGCCCCUCAUCUCCCCUGGGCCCACCACGUACUCCCAGCACCUGUGCCUCCCCCAGGUCCAGGAGCAGCCCCAGAAACAGUGGUUCAUUCUUGGAGAAGCCCCACUCAGUCAUGAAUCUGCACAAUUCCAGUGGCGCCUCGCUCGGGGCCCACAGAGAUGUGCAGCAGGAGACCCUGGCUGAGCCACAUUUUUACUUCAGCCAAGUCUCCCGGCCCCCACCCCACAGACCCCAGCCCCGUGUGGGGAUCUGUGCGGUCCCCUGCAGGGCAGGUAUCCGGUAGGGCGGUUGCUUGGCUGCCCUCGUAAUUCACCCCUAAGCUUCUCUGGUUGCUCCUGCCUCCUUCCCGCCUGGCACUGGGGAGCUGUGAUCCAGCCACAAAGCUUUGCCUCCCCCAGCCUGGCACAUGGCUUGGCUUGCCGCGUCCUCUGUUUGCACACACUGAGAAUGCAAAUGCUGGUUCCGCAGGCUUAGCAAAAUCUGCUGCAAGACCGAUGGUCACUAUUCUGCUGCGGAUUUCAGCAGGUGACAUUAGCUAAGUGUACUAAGCCCCGCCCCAGGAGGCAGGCAGCUUGCGUGGCACUCAGUUCUUUCUGGGCCUCCAGGAUGCUGUGGCCUGUUUUAAGAGACAUCUCAUUUUUCUAAAGAUGAACUCUUAGAUAAUGUGUGACCCCUGAGUCGCAGAUGUGCCGAGAUCUGCUUCUGUUUGCUAUGUCACACAGAUUACCCACUGCCAGACACUUCGUGGGGAGCUGGGGAACCCACCUGUCCCAAGAAAAUGGCUUUCUGGUGCCAGCACCAUGGGAGUUCACACAGGCAGAACUUUCUCAGUGACAGCACAGAGCCUCACUUCUUUUCCUACCUGUGUUGUAAAGAUAAACUUCUCUGCGGACACGCACACACACACAUGCAUGCACACAUGCAAACACAUUCAUGUGUGCACACACAGUGCAACAAAUCUGGCAGCCCGGGAGUCGCCCCUCUGCAACAUGCUUCCCAAGUCACCCUCCUCUAAGCCUGUGCUUUUCUGCAGCGGCCCCCAAACCCCUGAAGACUCCUGACCCCCGAGUGGCACGCAGCCCCUCUGCCCACUGGGACCUGGUCAGCACAGAACUCGAUGACUUCCCUUUCUAGGACAGACUGGGAGAACAUCUAGGAAUCAGCCCCUGCCCCCAGGGCGUUUUCAUGCUGUACAAUGACACACAGUUGGUGAGAUGUCAUAAUGGACCAGUCCACAUGAUUGCAGUAUAUACAACACCACCAGACCCCCCACCCAAUCAAUAUAACACCCCGCCCUGUUUGCUUCCUGUAUGGUGAUACCGUGUGUAACAUUUGCUCCUGUUUCUGCUGACUUCUGAAAUGUUUGGGUUUGUUUCUGACAUCCGCUGUGAUCAUUCCUGUGCUGUGAUUUUUUUUAGUGCCCUUGGAAGGUGUUAGACUUGCACUUUUGAGACCCGGUUACCGCAUCACGGAAACAUUUGACCCUGAGUGGAAGGCGUGGUGUGGUAGCAGGCCCGUGACAGUGGAACCCUUCAAAUCUUUUCUUUCGUUCCUUGAGUAUCUUUGCUUUCUCUGCCUCCCACCUUUUGCUCUUGGGUUCCAAUUAUUACUAAGGAGAGGACCUCGGAGUGGGUUGGUUCUAAGAGAUGGCCUUUAUAUUCGAUCCGCGCACACUGGCUUUCUAGCCACACUGAGCAGCAGAAGAAAACAAGGUAGAUCAAAAGGAAGUGCCCGGUGGCAGCCGAGUGAUGGAGCCACUCAAAUCCCUUCACAGUAAAUAAUUGCAAUAUAUAUAUAGUUUAAGAAGGAUCUCCAUUUGGCCUUGUUUAAUUUAUAUGUUAUAUCCUGAGCACGGCUCUUUUCUCCCUCUACUCUUCUCAUCAUGCAAGCAACUCAAAGUAUUUAAAAUGAAGUUUACAUUGUAGUUGUUUUAAAAUCUUUGCUUGAUAAGUAUUAAGAAAUAUUGGACUUUUCUGCCAUAAUUUAAAGCUUUGUUGAUUUUUGUCUGUUUUUGUUUGGAUUUUUUUGUUGUUGUUGUGGGGGUAGCAAUGUGUUCAUGCUGGAAUAUGAAGUCUGAGACCCCCACCCCCUGUGCUGGGAACACAUGAGAAUUGUUGAAAAUCAACAAGCAGACUGCGCAUGUCUCUGAUGCUUUGUAUCAUUUUUGAGUGAUUGCUCCAUCAAUGGACAAUAAACAAUAUUAUCAAAGAGAA